ACAUAUGCGCAGUGUAGUGACUGCACAUUGACAACAGAGGCAACAGAAGUUAAAACCCGGUAGACAUUUUGCCUAAUUGACAACACCGUUACAGUGGCCCUAAGAAAGUAUAUGAAACCUACAUUCUACUUUUUAUCUCCUGAUAGAAAAACGUACUGAGAUCCGGAUGGCUUCACUACGAGAGACGGUCGUGGUGUUGCUGAUUUUCACGACGUUGUCAGGCUGUACAGAGGGGGCACGACGUGCUACAACGUCCUGUGUUGGUCGCUGUGGUGAACAAUACAACAACGCCAACCGCUGCCACUGCAACGAUGUGUGCGGCCAGUAUGGGAACUGCUGUAGUGACUACCAGGCUAUCUGUGUUCUACAAGUGAGCUGUGCCUCCCGGUGUGGUGAAACGUACGACAGCUCCAACACUUGCCACUGUAACGACAGAUGUCAGGAGUUCAGCAACUGUUGUGAUGACUACAACGCCUUCUGCGUUCCUACAACUGUGACGCCGACCACCUUACCCCCCGUGCCGUCCUCUCCUCUGCCCGUCUCCUCUGCCGAGCUGUCAAGCCUCGCUGACGACUUGUGGUACGGUGACGUCAACUUCGCCAGGGAAGGGGUGGACUUCACCUUGAGCCUGCAGAGUUACGUCUCCAACACGGCCAUGCACACGGACUACUCCUCAUCAAGACUCUUCUCGUACAUGAAUGAGAACGGUGUCUUUUCGUCCCCCACGUACUCGACUUUCGCCGCCAUCUUCAACAACUACAUCGCUCAAACCGGGAACACCGAGCACGUGCCCUCCGCAGAGUCGGCCGAGAACGAGGCAUUCCUGAGCGAGAUUAUGAAGACCCAGGUCAUGGCAAAGCUUCAUGACUUUCUGCGCUGGAAAGGGAUCGUGCCCUACAAUGAGGCUGACUUCAAGGCCCGUCUGAACGAAAUCUGGUUCGGCCGUUACUCUCGCCAGGACGGCAAACUAGAUACUUCUGGGUUUGAGCACGUGUUUGUGGGUGAAGUGAAGAAUGGCGUGGUGUCAGGCAUGCACAGCUGGGUACGGUUCUACAUGGCCGAGAAAAGCGGAGACUUUGAUUAUUCUGGCUACGUCUAUAAAAAUCAACCUGGCACCAUCGGCGUGCAGUUCCGCUGGGGUAGUGUGUGGAAGAACCUGGGCGGCUUCUUCCUGGGUACCAGCCCGGAGUUUGAUGUCGCCAUCUACACCCUCUGUUUCCUGACCCGUCCGAACGGUCCUUGUCAGUUCACCAUGGCGGGAAGCCAGAUGCGGAUCAUCACCUACAGUUGGUUGGACCGCGGGCGCUACCUAGCUACAGCAUAUCCCUGAUAAAACAGCACGCCCUGGAUUCAACAAGAUCGGCAAAAAGAAAAUGAUUUGCCUCGUGAGCUGCGUUUACUCAAUAAACAGCAACAAAGCUAUAAAAACUAA